AUGUUCCGACCAACGCUGCGCGUCUCCCGCGCUCUCUCAUCGCACGCCUACCUGCCCCCCACACCGAAGGGACCGCCUACGGCUCCGGGUGCGCCCGCUGGCGGCGCUGCGCUGCCGAUCUCGCCGCAGCCCGAGCAGCACCCGGGGACCACGAGCUCCCCUUCCCUCACGCCUGAGCAGCGCCGGCUUCUCGAGGAGAUUGUUCGUGUUGACCACGCUGGAGAGCUCGGCGCAAACUGGAUCUAUCGAGGACAGAAAUGGGGAAGUGCCGUGCGAGGCGACGGCAAGACCGUCGGCCAGGUCGAGCACAACGUCCGCCCGACCGCGCUGUAUCCUGUUUGGCAGGGACUGGCUUGGGGCAUGGGUGCUGUCACGGCGUUGAUGGGCAAGGAGGCUGCCAUGGCGUGCACCGAGGCUGUCGAGACCGUUAUCGGCGAGCAUUACGACGACCAACUUCGUGACUUGAAGCCGGUCCUCGAGGAGAACGCGAAGAAAGCGAACCCGGACCCAUCCCUCCCCCUGCUCGCGAACAUCCUUGAGGAGUUCCGAGACGACGAGCUCGAGCAUCUCGACUUUGCUGUCGAGGAGGGCGCUCUCAAAGCGCCGGGUCACUCGCUGCUGAGCGCUGCCAUCGGCGCCGCUUGUAAGAUUGGUAUCACGGUUGCGCAGAAGGUUUAG